CUCCUCCCACUCCAACUGUCCCCACACUCUCGCAGUCAUUCAUUGAGCCUCUGUUGGACUCGCACCCAGAUUACCUUCCGUGGCUGUUUGGACAAUGUUUCCGUGCAGAGCGGCAUGGCAGAGGUGUGGGCCUCUGGCGCGACAGUCACUUUAUCGCGCACACCUCUGUAGGGAUGUCGUUCCUCGGAGGCUUAUGUCGUCAGGUCCUGGUGGCUCAGGUGAAAAUUUCCUUUAUGCAGUCCUCUGUGGCGGAACGUUUGCAGGCGCCUUGGCAUAUGCCUACAGAACAGUCACAACAGACCGUGACCGUUUCAUUGACCGCAUUUCAGAAAUUGAGGCUCGUCCCAAGACUGAGUGGAAGCCCAAACCAUGGCCACCCAAGAAAGCCAGUGAGGCAGAGGAAGCAGAGGCAACAGAAACUGCAGAAAGCGCAUCUGAGGAGCCUGUGGCUGCUGUUGCGAAUGAAAAUGAGGCAGAGACUGAGGUGUUGAUGGAAACAGCCCAGGUCAGCAAAGAACACGCUGGGUCUCUGGAGACUGUUGUGGAAAAGGUUGCCGAGAUGGUCGCAGAGACUGCAGAGGUGGUGGCCGAGGUGGCGGAGGUUGUUGCAGAGACCGCCGAGGAGGUAGUGACGGUGGCACAGGAAGUGGAAAAGGUGGCACAGGAAGUUGAGGCAGCAGCAGAGGUUAUUGUAGCUCCGGUCAUCCAAGCUGAAGAGCCUGCAUCAGAGAACAAUGGUACGCCACCGGCCUCCCAAGAUGAGGCAAUAACCGAUGCUACUGAAACAAAGGCCUGAGAGGCCCGUGGGUACACAAACACUCACCUGCACAUACAAUUCAUGACUCUAAUGUCCCAUUUAGAAAAAUUCACAGUCAUCCCUCAAGUGAUAAAAAAAAGUAUUCCUAUGACACAACAAUAAAUACUGUAAAAGAAUGUUUAGAGAGUCUAUACUUAGAUUCUUCGAUUCCUGACGCUUUAAGGAGCUCAGUAGGUUUUGAUCCUUGUGCAUGAAUCUUGAAUAAAGUCCUUUUACUAAAUGGCAGACACCCUAUUAUGUAAGUAUAUAUGGGUAUGUUUCUGUUAUAAAAUGGGGUUUGGCAGAACAUUUAAAAAGGAAUAGAGAUUGUCUCGGACGUGCAAUUUAUAAAGUUAUAUUAAUAACUUAUAUCCAGUGUAGAUAUUUAAAUAUUUAACUACUGUGAGAAUCUAAAGUUGCUGCUUUUUGUGAAAUAUGACAUUCCACCACUCAUGCCUUUCCUUUAUACCAUCAAAUUCUGUCUCUUCAUUACUUGCAUUGUUUUCAAUCAUGAUCUUAUCAACCAUUUACAAAUCUGAGCCUCAUGUAUGUUUCGACCUCUGGUUUGCCUUACCUCUUUUCAACUGCAUGAAAAGACACUGAUAAGCUGCCUAUGGACUGCUGUGUUUAGACCAUGACCAUUUUAUUCUGUGCUUCUCUGCCAGAUAUCAUUUAGAUGGUACACGCCAAUUGAUAUUGUGAAAUCUUAUACUCUAAAUCCAACUGUGAGUCAUUUGCACCCUAGCUACUGUGACAGAUAUGUUUCUGUAUUAGUUUACAGUAGUAAACCUUUGUAGUCAUCAGUAUGAAUAAACUGUCAGGGAAAUGUAACCUAACAAGGAACUUGCAUAUGUAUGUAAUCAACGAAAGUGGUCAUUUACUUGGAAAAUUGCAACCGUGUCAUUAAUUUGAUAAAAAUAGAAUGAGGGAUUCGAAGCCAUUUAAUAAAACUAUUGAGAAGUAUCAAAGAUAUUCUGUCUU